GUUUUUAAUCACUAUGUUUCAAAGUUUCAUUCAAGCGGUGUCAAACCUAUGCCAUCAAAAUGAUAUUUGACGGGCACCGCGUUUUUAAUGUAACCAUAAAAUAAUAUUGUUGUUAUAACAAUAAUGGCACCAAAACGGGACAAAAGUGGAAAUGUGAAAAAGAGAGGACUGAAUAUGGGUAACAAAGCGGCGACGGUCCCAACGCACGCUCCCAAGCCCUCAACUUCCAAGGAGCCUGCACAAGAUGCGGAAUCCGGAAGAAGGAAAUGCUUUCAGUAUAUUUACAAUAAAGAGAGCAAGACCUGCCUUGGAAGAACUGGGAAGAGCUGGCUUUACAUCGUCUCGUAUUCUAUCAUGUAUCUCAUAUUUCUGUGCACGUAUACAUUGAUCUUCCUCUUCGGUACAUUAAUAGUUUUUAAACACACAGAUUACUCGUUCGUCGAUAAAACCGCUCUUUUCACGUACUCGGAACACGGUAUUGGACUUACCGCAACGCCGACAUCAGAGUUUAGUUACCCAUUGAUUUCUUAUAAGAUAGGCGAUGACAAAGAUUAUCAGAAGUACGUGAGUGCAAUAGACAGAUUACUAGUGAGCAGAAGAAAUGUGAGCAAUGAUUAUUCCUAUUUGGGUCCUUGUUCACAAGCGCCGUACGGUUAUGGCAGAACGCCUUGUGUAAUUAUAAAGAUCAAUCACCAGUUGAGAUGGGCUGGCAAACCUAUCCAGAAGAACUCGACUCAGGCUACUAAAGCGCCGAAAGAAGUGAGGGAUUGGUUGAGGUCAAGUGAAAUGCUGUGGUUGCAUUGCGAUGGCUACCAUUCGUACGAUAAGGAGCAUAUAGGUACAAUAAAAUACUUUCCUCAUCCCCCAGGAUUCGAUCCAAGCUUGUUCCCUUUGGAUGUACGAAACCAAGCGCCGUUGGUGGCAAUACAAAUUUCAGGGUUCUCGCAAGGUAUGUCUGUGGCUAUACAGUGUAAUUUAUGGUAUGAAGAUGGACCGUCUUCUGUAGAAUUUGUGCUAUACGUGGACCCGCAAGUGUCACUGAGAAAUAGCACGCACUCUAACAGCAUGAAAUAA